CAACUCCUCACAUAAAAAAAAAAAACACUUGAAUAUCCAACAUGGCACCAACACUUUCAUCUAAGCUAAUCUUUGCUGCAUUUUUUCUGCUCCAGGUUUGGGCUUCCGAGAGCGCAGCCGCCCGCACCUCAUUGAUGGCGGAUCGUCACCAGCAGUGGAUGGCGGAAGUCGGCCGCAGCUACAAAGAUGCCGCGGACAAGGCCCGCAGGUUCAAAAUAUUCAAGGCCAACGCCGCCUUCAUCGACGCAUUCAAUGCCGCCGGAAACCGCUCUUAUACCCUCGCCAUCAACGAAUUCGCCGAUCUCACAAAUGAGGAGUUCCUGUCGACUAGAACCGGAUUCAAGAUGGGAUCUCAUUCUCACCGGAACGCUUCUUCUUCGUUCAUGUACGCUGACGUCGCUGAUGCUCCGGCCAGCGUCGACUGGAGAACCAAGGGCGCCGUCACCGAUGUUAAGAAUCAAGGCCACUGCGGAUGUUGUUGGGCAUUCGCGGCCGUUGCAGCAACAGAAGGUAUAAACCAGCUAAGCACCGGCAAACUUGUUUCUCUGUCCGAACAAGAGCUCGUUGAUUGCGAGACCCGGAGCAGCGGAUGUUUCGGGGGAUACCCUGACGCGGCUUUCGAGUACAUCGCCAGCAACGGCGGCCUCUCGGCCGAGUCGGACUACCCCUUCGAGGGGGCGGACGGCAGCUGCAGCCCCGAGCGGGCGGCCACCCGCGCCGGCAAGAUCAGCGGGUACGAGAGUGUUCCGGCCAACGACGAGGCGGCACUGAUGAACGCGGUGGCGAACCAGCCCGUCACCGUGGGCAUCGACGCCAGCGGGGAGGAGUUCAAGUUCCACCGCAGCGGCGUUUUCUCGGGAGAUUGCGGGACGAAUCUGAACCACGCGGUGACGAUCGUGGGCUACGGCGAGAGUGGCGACGGAAUGAAGUAUUGGUUGGUGAAGAAUUCGUGGGGGGAGAGUUGGGGUGAGAAUGGGUAUGGGAUGAUUCAGAGGGAGAGUGGGAACAUGGGAGGGCUUUGUGGCAUUGCCAUGAAAGCAUCUUAUCCAGUUGCUUAGAUGGAUUAUAGAAUUAUUAAUAUGUAUUGUAUGAAUGUUUCCUUCCUCUUCCAUGGAACACAAGAAAAUAAAUAUUAAACCCCAGAUAUUGGGUACUACCAA